GUCGGUGCCCCGGAUGUUGGGUGUGGCCGGGUAAUCAAUAUGGCUGUGGUGUCAAGGUCGCUCAGCGAGGAACUCUUCACCGCAUCGAUGGACGUCCAGCCAAGUGUGAUAGGUUCAUGGUUCCUUAUGACUUUGGAAGGUUAUCUCCAUCAUUUCCCACAUAUGUGCCUCUGCUUAGGCUACAUACUACAUGUAUUAUGAACUCAGAGGAGGCUGAGUGUCCUCCUACACAGUUGGAACCAGUGGACUUAACAGUGAACAAGAGUCGCUGUUCCCUCUCACCUGCAUCUUCUCCUGCCAGUCUCCCUGCAUCACCCACAAUUCCUUCUUCUCCCUCAUCCACUGCUGACAGUUACUCCUGUGUGGAUUUAAGACUUAACAAAGAUUUUAAUUCAGAUGAAGAAAUAUCAGAUCCCAUAUCUAAGCCAGAUUCUUCAACCUUACUUUCUCUCCAAAGGAUAAAAGAGGCAUCAAUUGCUAUGUUUCACAUGGAAAAGGAACCAAGCUUCUUUAACAACCUGUUACAGAAGGGCUUGUUAGAGCAGCCUGAAGAUCGUAUGGUUAUCUGUAAUCCUUUGCUAAAUGCCUCUAAAAUGUUUAAUGAAAGCAUUGGUCUACCCAGUAACGUGGUAAAGGAUGGAGUAGACAUUUAUUCUGAAAACCUACGAAGGAGAAAAACACAUAAAUGUGAUUUUGUGGGCUGUGAGAAGGUUUACACCAAAAGUUCACAUUUAAAAGCCCAUAAACGAACUCAUACAGGAGAGAAACCUUACUCAUGUUCAUGGGUUGGCUGUACAUGGAAGUUUGCUCGUUCAGAUGAACUCACCCGGCAUUACAGAAAGCAUACUGGCCAAAAACCAUUUAAGUGCCAGCUAUGCCAGAGGUCUUUCUCUAGAUCUGAUCAUUUAUCUUUGCAUAUGAAGAGACAUUAGCUCAUGUUCCUUGUCAAGUCUUUUUUUGAGAGAAUAUGAAGAAAUUAUUUAGCCUCAUAUUGAGAAGAAUGCAGUUUUUAUUCAUUCAUUGGAGGCAGUACAAAGUCAUUGUUUAGUAUCAUUCCACUGUAGUGAAAGGUUUUGUCUCAAUGUUUACGACGAUCUCUGUGAAGUCAGAGUGAUAAAAUGGUUAAUGAUUGUUGACAAGUGUACAUUUCUAAAGUGACUAUAAGCUUUAGGAACAAUGCUUUAAAGGGACUCGGGGCAUUCCAUGUUUUCAUUGUUGAAAGAGUAAUUGUAUUACUCAUGUUUUUGACUUGCGUUAAAAUCAAACUCAAUUGCUCAUAAAUUGCUUCCUCGUGUGCUUAGGUAUUGCUAGAAUCUGUUCAUCUGAAUGAAAAUUAGGGAAAUCACAAAUAAUAGAAAUGAAGCAUUGAAUAUUAUUUAUGAACUAGUCUAAUGCAUGUAUUAUUUUGAAGCUAAAUAAUUUCUCUUAUAUUUUGGGAAUUAUAUAUAAGAACAUCUUAUUUAAAAAUUUUUAUUCUUCAAAUAUUGAUGAGAUGAAUAUUUAAAUAUUUAAGAAUUCGCUCAAGAAAAUGCGUGUCUUGAAAUAAAUGGAAUUUACAAAUGGGUUCAAAACAAACCUCAACACUAUUUGCAGAUCAAAAAGAGGUUUUUCAUUGAAAAUUGCUUAAAUAUCCUAUUUACUAUCUGAAUUCAUGAGCAAUCAUUAAUUUGGUGCAGUUUGAAAGUUUUAUUUUUCUGAUUAAUUUCUCUUUUUUAUCAUCAAUCUUUCACUGGAUCCUUGUACAAGCUUCAAGCAGUGAUAGAUAAAAUUGGGUUCUUAUUGAAUAUUUUUUACUGAAGAACUGUACUCAAAAAUUUUUAUGUAUUUAUAUCGAGAGUAGUGAGUUUUUUGUGCAGUUUAUGUGAAACUACUGAAAUUUGAAAUUGCUAAUUUUCUAAUUUAUCUUCUAUCUUUUGAGAUCUGUAUGCAUGGUAGCUAGUAUGAAAGUAAUCUUAUUUAAAAUAUUUGGAGUAUUAAAAAAAAUAAAUAAAACGAUACAGUGAUCUUAACAAUAUUCUGAAAUGUAUCAAAUUAAUAUUGUGGUAUUCAAAGGUAUUAAAAGGAUACAGUAAUGAAAAGGGUAAAUAUACUAGAAAACUGUAACUAAAUUAGAAGCUAUUGUACAAAAUGUUGCAUAUCAACAAAAAAUGGGUUAAAAUGGGGGGGGGAUAUUUGCCUGUAUCAAUUAAAAAUCACAUUACAUAUUUUAUAGUAUAUGCUAUAUUUAUGAUAUGAUUUUCAUUUUAUUUUCUAUUUAUGAGAAAAUUUCAGGUUUAGACAGGUCAAGAAUAUUGUCAUGUCAUCUACUAUAAUAUGUUAAUUGCACUUGAAAAAUUAGGCAGUUUUGUACACGUCUUAAUGCUUUUUUAAUAAUAAAAUGAAUUUUUAUUUGAUUCAGAAUCAUGAUUCUAGCAGUAACCAUCAUCGUACAUAUUUACGAACAAAAUAAAGCUUAAAUUUUGAUUGUGCUUAAGUAUUACUGUAAAAAACUGUAUUCUAAUUACAGUUGUUUUUAUUUAUGAAAUUUAUACAGUAUUUAUAAAAGCAUUUGGAAUAUCUCAAAAUUCACUUCCAAAAAGGCAUAUUUUGAAAUUUUGCCGUUGCUGUGUAUUUAUAGAAUUUUUAUUAAAUGUAUGCAGAGUAAUUAAAAAACAAUUACACAUAUUUGUUUAUUUUAUUGUAGGUAAUUUUAUCAUAAUAUUUCAUUUAUGUCCCUCUAAUUGCAUUGGCCAGUAUUUCUCUCCAUCUCUCAUGCUUUUUAAUUUUUGCACUGUGAUUAGGGCUUUAUGUCUUGUUUAAUUAUAUCUGUUCUUAUGUGUUUGUCUGACGAGGUACACAUUUAAUGUACUGAACCUUAUGAUAAAUAUUGAGCCCAUUAAAGUAGCAGAUUUGUUUUCAUUAGACUGUGUGUAAAGUUUAUAUGAGUAGGAGGCAAGAGGUCAUUUGCCUUUUUUAAGUAAGUUGCCAUUAAAUUUGUGAAUUAUUUAUUAUUUAAUUUCAAAAACAAUUGUAACAAGAGUCAGUAACUUUCAUAAUAAUGUGUUUCAUUGUAAUUAUAAUACAUAUAAUAUAUUCUUUUUCUAUAGUAUACUUGUACAGUAUUUUAUUUAAAAAAAUUCUGCUUUUUAUUGUAUCAGGUCUUGAUGAUUUUUAGCAUGCUGUACAUUUUAUUACAAUAUCAUUCACUGAAUUUAAUCAGUUAAGGAUUUGAUGUGAAAGAAUAUUUUAUAAAUACAUAGUUUUUUUUAAUCCAAAUAGUAUAGAUUUUUUAAACAUAAUCUUAUCAGCGGAUUGAAAGUAGUAAGCUGUUUUGUCCUAUCAGAAAAAAAAAGGGGGCUUAUUAAUAAAUCAUGUUCUUCUGUCCCUUUGAAUUGCUUAUACUUUCUUAAAAGUCUGUUUCUGUUCAUCUGUUCAAAACUCAAAUUUAGUAAAACAUCAGCACUCUUUUAAGGCCUUAUUGCUCUACUUUACAUUAACUGAAUUCUGAGUCACUAUAAAAGCAACAUAAAGUUCAAUGUUAUGUGGAAAGGUAUUUUUAAAGAAUAUUUUUAAUUAAAAAGAUAGAAUUAAUUUUUUAAAUUUAAUUAGAAAUGUUUUUGGGGUACAUUUUCUGAAGGUAUAUUUGCAGUUAUUAUCAAUGUAAUUGCAAGUUUAGGUUACUUAUUCAGAAAUUUUACA